CGUGAUGUGAGUUGCAUUGCUGCGCGGAUGUACGUAGAGCCAAUCCACGCGAAGCUUCUUCCGCUCCUGAAAUGCAUAAAACGCGGCAGAAUCAGUCCUAUAUAUAUCACUGCACACUGUAGCGUCCUGGGAAAAAGGCUCGGAUAAGCACGUGUUGUGUUGUGUGAUAAGUAUCCCUCUAGCAUGAAUGUAAAUUGUCACUGUUUUAUUCCCUAGAGCGUUAACAGUUCACACGACUGAAGUUUGUGAUACUGUUAUAAAAUCGUUCCCGGUUUGAAUAACCACAACAUAAAUGUCUCAACAUUGUUACUUAUUUAGUGCUUUUAUACGCGUAUUUUUAAGCUCGCAUUUAUUAAAAGUCUCUGCUGACACAUUUUAUUCAUCGCACCGUAAAGUCUCAUCGUGUGUGAUUGCACUGUUUAUGUGUUGUCGAUAACACAUCGUCCCAGCACUGUGUCUUUAGCGAAAUUAGUGACAGUUUGUGCCUGAAAAGUAGCAUGUCACUAUGGUGCUUUGUGUGCGCGUGUGAAUGUCUUAUCACCCAUUGGAUUACGCCACAAGAAGAGGCUGAAGACGGUUCCUCUCCCGUCGGCUGCUACACGUCAACAAACGCACUUUCACUUCACUGUUUGGUGCACUUCACUUGGUCGUGUGGCGGCGUGGGAGUUUGGGCGGGCGACGUCGACGAUCGACGGGGGCGUGGCUGUUGUGGGCGGCGCGGGGGCGUGGCGGUGGCGGUCACGGCGUUGAGAACGCGGCCCUGGCGGCGGCGUCCAGCGGGAUCUGCAGGAAGCGCUGGAACGUCUCCCUGUAUCUGCGCUGGCGUUCGGCGCUCUUGUGCUCUUCCCAGAGGUCGAUCAGUGCCUGCAAGCGUAUCUGACAGACGUCCGCUCGGCAGACCCUCACCUCACCCGGUGCCUUCCGCCUCACUGUGGUGCGGCAGCGGGCUCGACAGUGGAAUGGCUUCAGAGUCUGAGCACAGUGGACUGUGCCACAUGGCUGAAGGUGCUGCAGCCUGGCGUGCGAGCAUUGACGACUUGCCUGAGGAGAUACUGAUCAAGAUCUUCUCUCACUUGUCUUUCACUGAGCUGGUGGACGUGGUACGGAAAGUGUGCCGUCGUUGGAGAAAGCUGUCGCGGGAUUUGAAGUUGUGGGCUGACAAGGAAUACCACGUCGGGAUCUCGCAGCACUGCAACUCGGAGAACUGUAAGAGCGGCAGGACCGAGCGGGAGGCGAUACGUAUCUUCCGCAGUGCCCGAAACCUGCGUAAAGUACACAUGUGGUGCGCUGUCAGUCCCCACGUCAUCGACGUGCUCUGCGACAAGUGCCGGAGACUAACAGAUCUCCGCCUUCACGCCGCCCAGAUGCUCGGCUAUUCGACGGUGAAGAACUUGGUCGAGCAGUGCUCUGGGCUACGCGUGCUGACGGCACCUGACGAACUGCUGAAGACCGAGAAAUUUUCGGAAGCGGUGUCGCGCCUGCAGCACCUCCGUGUGCUGAGUCUGCAAGAGAGAUACGUGGGAACGACUUGCAUCCUGCGUCCUUGUGUGCUGAGACCUCUGGGUGACGGGUGUCCCCGACUGGUCGAGAUUGACUUCGGACGUAUGUCUGUCGAUACGGACAAUCUGAAGUACUUUCUGAAUGCCAAGAAGAACACCCUAAAGUGCUUACGAAUAAAGUGGUCGGUGGGUGGAACGAGGCGUGUCGUACCGUUGCUGCCGGUAUAUGCCGACAGCUUGGAACGUCUGGAACUUUACGAGUACGACAUAGUCCGUGACUCGGCCAGAGAGGCGUUCACUACCGUCGGAAGCUUGAAGAACUUGCGGGAACUCAGGAUGUCCAUCCCCGAUCGAAUACCACCCGGAACUGCUGCUCUGGCUUUUACGAAUGGAGGACUGCCACAACUGAAAGUGCUGGAUCUACCGCACGGAUAUGGUGUGGAAGAUAACACAGUAAUUGCCAUCAGCCACGGAUGUCCCGCUUUGCGGCAGCUCUCCGUCACUCACGCUACGAAGCUGUCGCCUGCCGCCUUCUCGGAGAUUGAUCGUCUCGAACAUCUUGAAAUACUAGAUGUGACAGGUUGCAGCAGACUCGGUGGAGGCCUAUUCCCCUGCCUCGUCGGGCUACCGCGACUUCACACUUUGCGAAUGGGCACCAUGUAUUUUGGUACCACGUAUUUUACAGAGUUGCAGCCCGGUGUGAGCAGCAUCCUCAAAUUGUCAGGUUUGCACUGUCUGACAUUCGAUUAUUCGGAUGUUACUGGAGUGCCUUUUGAUAAGUUUCCAGAGAAUCUUGUCAGUCUCAGGGAGCUGAGUGUCGAAGGGUGCCAAGGUGACCCCAGAGCCACAGAUGGGCUGAUGGAGCAGAUGCCCAACCUCGUAAUCCGCGGCACGAUCCACGCUGAGCUACAGCCUUUCCACUUCGAGGCACUCGAGGACCUAGGGCCCGGCGAAGCAGACGAAGCGGUGGACGACCGUUCGGAGAGUGAUGAAGACGGCGACAGCGAUAGUAGCGUCGGCGGCAGUGACAGUGAGAGAGGUUGAGAGCAAUAUAUCUGUACGUAUAAAAAUGAUGUGAAAUUUAUAGGAAAGUACAAUUCUCAGUUAAUGUCAACAUAAGCGGAAACUGUUUUGAAGGAAUGUAACAAAUAAUUUUGGAAAUGUGCAUAAGAAACAGCAAUGUUGUUUGAAUACCUGCUGUAAUAAUCUACAAUAAUGUUUGAUUCUUGUUGUAACAACAAUGGAUUCAUAAUGACACAAUUUUUUAAAUGAUAAAACGGAGGUAGCAAUUUGUAAAUAGCACUAACAAUGUUUUUUUGCAGUAAGUCAGAUUUAAAAACUUCUGUUUUUUAUAAACCUGUGAAACAACAAUAAAUGAGGACUGCUACCUUGUUAUUUUAAGUGUUAAUUAUAUUUAUCAGGAUACUGCUAGAUACUAUUUUUAAAUAUUAAAUUUCCUUUGGAGGAACCACUUUGUGAUUAAAAUACAUGACAGACUCUUUUAUGAAUGAACCACACAUCACUAGUGUAAUACUGUACAGCAUUUAUUAUUUGUUACACAAACCAGUUUUUGGCUGUUAAGUCACUGUUGGGUAUGAAGAUAAGCAAGUGGUAAAGUGAAAUUGGUUGGUUCAAAGAUUUUAAAGUAGUGCAUCUAAAGAGUAUCUUCGUUUCCAUAGGUGAAAAAUGUUAAUGUUAGAAGCAGGAACAAAUAAAGCAUUAUUUCAGUGUAAA